AUUGUUAUGUAACAAAUUGCCCAUUUAGUGUUACAGCGCUGUUAGUGAAAGAAGAGUAUUGGGAUUUGCUGAGUUUGUGAUGAGUGCAGUGUGAAUUGGUGCUGUUACAGUUAAUUAAUUACUUUUGUUGUUUUCUCAAUAUGAGAGCAGUUGUACAAAGGGUACAAAAUGCAUCAGUAACAGUGGAUGGACUGGUGAUAUCUGCGAUUGGUCAUGGCUUGUUGGUCUGGGUCGGUUUUGGUUCUCAAGACAAAUCUAGUGAUCUGCAUUACAUGGUGAAUACACUUCUUUCAACCCGGUUAUUCCACUCUGAACACAAUGCCCAUCGAUGGACCCGCACGGUAAUGGAUUGUGGAUACGAGAUCCUUGUCCUGAGUCAAAUCAGUCUGUACUCCACCAUGUAUCUAGAGAAACCUUACUUCUACCAAGCUAUGAACGCUCGACGAUCGAAGCCAUACUAUGAGCGCUUCCUAAGGACUCUCAGGAGGACUUAUCAACCAGACAAAAUAAGAGAGGGGAGGUUCGGAGCAGGGUAUUCAGUGACAACCCAGACCAGAGGUCCUGUCUUUAUUAUAGAGAGCUUCAAUGAGCAUCCUAUCUCGUACAUGGGUCCUAUAGGCCCGCCCCCUCCCUACCCCUAUCACCCACCCCCCAUGUAUGGGGGUCCCCCACCACCACACGUUCCUGUCAAUCAAUCUUAUCAGGCCGCUCCUCCUCCGUACCCAUAUCCUGACUAUCCCAACUACCCUACCUAUUAGUAUAAUAAAUGUGCAAAAAGUAAAUUAAAA